AUGUCACCAGGUCGAGGGCAGAUUCUCCCAUUUCAGUUGGUACAGAAGGGCAUGUGAUUACGGAUUCCGAAUCGGCGUCUACGGUAGGCAUUAGCGAGAAUGCUGAGUCUGAGUUUGCUUCUGCCUCGGAGUCACUAUGUCUAUCUCCUUCGGCACAUGUCCUUGCCGAGAGCAGUUACGAGAGCAGUUUCAGUAGUUCCGUAGCAACUGUAGAUCUUUCCAUGGCCAGCAGCGGGCCUGUGUCACCGAAAACUGCUGUAGCACCUGCACUCAUAUAUGCAGAUUCUGAGCUGGAAGUAGAUCUAGAUUGUGGAUCACCGACAAAUCCCGAGACGGACUGUGCCGAGGAUGCACCAGGCGCCAUGAAAGGUUUACAAUCACCUGCAGGUACACGAAAUAUCUAUUAUCUUGUAACACAAUUUCGUCGGUACAGUACUCUAACUAAUUAUUGCAUGUAUGUUCCGCUCACAGAUCUGUCACGCCAUAUUGGAGAUAGGCCUGCGCAGCCCCUCCUGUCAAAAUUUCCAACAACUAAGUUCGGCUCGAAACAUCGCUCCUUCUCUCCUGAAUGGUACAAGGCAUUCACGUGGGUAGAAUAUUCCAUAGCGAAAGAUGCAAUAUACUGCUACCCCUGCCGUCACCUCAAGGUAGGAGCAGUUAGUCGAGUUGAUCCAGCAUUCACUACAAUUGGUUUUCGGGGAUGGAAGAAGGCUAAGGGUAAAAGUGGAGCCCUGAAACAGCACGCGGAAUCCGCGAACCACCGAGCGAACAUGCAAGUAUGGCAACAACGUCUUGUUGCAGAAAGAGAAAAGGUUCAAUUCGGUAGGAGAUUAUGCUUAAUCGGCACUACCUGA